AUGGGCUCUUUAGGUUUCGAGCCGCGGCUUCUACCACACGCCCUCGAUCAGGAAGCUAUUCACAACCCCGACCGCCUCUUCUGUAUACAUUCUGUGUCCCUGAAAUCCCUAGAUAAUGGCUGGCGACGGGUGACUAUCGGAGAAUUGGCCCACGCGGUGAACAGUUUCGCAUGGUGGAUUGAGAAGAAUGUUGCUUCGAGGGCCUCGCCCCAACGGCUCGUGUACAUCGGACCAGCCGAUAUUCGGUACUCGAUAUGUGUGCUAGCUUGCAUGAAGCUAGGCCAUUGCCUUCUUCUCCUAUCCCCCAAUACAUCUGACUCCGUGAUCAACUGUCUUCUCAAAUCUGGACGUUGCUCAAGGCUCCUGUUCGCACCUGAGUAUGCCGAGAAAGUGCAACGUAUUCGAAGCUCAAAUAAGAGCCUCCAGGCGUGGCAGGUAAUGGGCCUUUGGGAAAUGUUUGAUGUCUCGAGCGAGCCAUUCCCGUACUGCCCGGAAUAUACCUUGGCCAAGGAAAGAGAGCCUACCGUUAUCCUCUACAGCUCGGGCACGACUGGCCUACCAAAGGAAAUCCCUUUUCCUCAUGGAUACUUCACUGCGUUAGACUAUUUCCAGCACAUUCCCCUUCCCCCGGGAAGAAAGUCCACAGCCCCUUGGUUGAACCACGACGAGAACCCCCAUCUGCUGAAGACCAGCCUAUCUCACGGCAGUGGAAUCGUGACAUGGGGAGCUGCAAUAUUUCAUCGGACUCUGUUUGUCAUCGGCCCUGACAUACCAAUGACCGGAGAGUUGUUAGAGCAGAUCGUGACCGAAACAGGAGCGAAGUCGGGUCUAUUUCUGCCCGACACUCUCACAAAUCUCAGCUCCUCUCCAGAAGGAAUGAAAGCCAUGGCGCGUCUAGACUGCGUCAGCUUCGUCGGCAUGCCUUUACCAACUAGCGUUGGCGACAAAAUAUCCCGCAUCACACGACUACAGUCCUCCAUUGGCCUAACGGAGACUGCCUAUUUCUGCACCAUAAGGCCCGAAGAUCCCAAACACUGGGAGUAUUUCGAAUGGAACCCUCACCACCCGGUGCAAAUGCGCGACACCGCCGGCGGGUAUUCCGAGAUGAUCAUCACGCGCCCCGAAGGGCCCUAUACACACUGCGUCUUUCUCGUUCUCCCUGAUCGAGAGGAGUUCGCCACGGGGGAUCUCUUUGUUCAAGACACUGAGAGUCCUGGUCUUUGGAAGCAUGCAGGUCGCAGGAAUGAUGUGUCAAAGUUACAAAAUCGAGUCCUUCUUCAUCCAACGCCGAUCGAGAACAUGUUGGAAGGGCUUGAGUUGGUUUCUAAAGCUGUGGCGACAACAGACCAUUCCCUUCGCCCGGUGUUGAUUGUUGACCCGAACCGGAGAGUAGAAGGAAAUGAGCUGUCAUCUGAAGAGGUCGUGGAGAGGCUUUGGCCUUCGGUCAAGGAGAUCAAUGCUGGGCUUCCUCCUGAGGCUCAAAUUGCACAAACCCAUAUUCUAGUUGCACCGGUCGAUAAACCUCUGAGGACCACGGCGAAAGGAACGGUUCAGCGCCGUUUAGUGGUGGAAGACUUCGCAAAGGAGAUAGAAGCUUGUUCGCGACGUUGA